AUGGUAAACGCGGUCCUACCCCGGGUACCCCAGAGGCUGUUCAUGGUCGUCGCAGCUGUAACCUUCUCCUGCUGCACUCUCGCUAUUGUUGCUGCCCCUUUGCUACCAGUGUUCUUCGUAGCGAGUACUUUAAAAGCGUGUUGCCAAGGCGGCCUGAGUGUUCCGGCCAUCACCCUAGUCGGGCACUACUUCAAGAAGCGCCGAUCACUGGCCACCGCUGUGGCUUUGCUCGGAAUCAGCACCUGCUCGAUGGCCAUCCCACCCCUAUCACGGUACACGCGAGAAGAGUACGGCGUCAGAGGAUGUCUGCUCAUCAUUGCUGGCAUCGAGCUGAACGCCAUCGUUUCUUCUCUUCUUCUGAGGCCACUAGACUACUACAAGAAAAAAUCUGGAAGUCAACAUACAAUUACAUUUGCUAAUGAUAAUUUCAAGAUCAAAGAAAAUGCGAAAACAGAGCUUUAUGGCGAGAAGCAUGAAGGAAAUGCUUCAUUGCUUCAGUCUCACGGGGCGGGAGAGCAAGAAGUAAUGCUGUCUGACAGGAACGAUUUAGAGGAUUGUGACUCGAGACCAACAUCUGGAACAGAGUUGAAACCAUUGAGUGAAAAGUACACACCUUUGCACUCGAUGGAAAAUGAAGACACAGCGGUUGCAAUUGAUAUAGAUACGUUUCAUCACACAGAAAAUAGUUCAACCAUAAGGACAAAAUCAAUGAAAGAAGAGCGUCAGAAAAAUAAACAGUCCAUUACCUCGCACCAAACGAGUACUUUUGACUUGGCGGUGACAUCAUCUGCCGGAAACUGUGGUGGUGUCAGAAAUUCUCAAACGCUGGAUGUGCAUGUACAAUCAACUCAUCAAUCUGAAUCAACCUUUUGUAAAUUUUGUAAAUCAGUCUUCACGUCAGUCGUGGACGUGUCUCUGUUGAGAAACUACAUGUCGCGCCUCCACCUCAUCAGUUUCACCUUCAACUAUUCCUGCAUCUUCGUCAGUGUCUACCUGUCUUCUUACGCGGUCACGGUCGGGUUAUCUGAGUCUAAAGCAGCGCUGUUGCUCACCAUUAUCGGUGUCGUGGACGUCAUCACAAGGAUCGGCCUAGGGUUUUUCGCCGAUACAGGAUUCGUGAAACACGCCAACAUAGUAGCCUUCUCGGCCGUUACCAUGGGUGUCGUGUGCCAGUUUGCUGCUUUCUAUACUUCUUUUGGGGCUCUCGUCUUCCUGGCAGUGAUGUUCGGAGCUGUUGGACUUUCCAGUUUGACGCUCAACUCUCCUCUGGCCGUGAGUCUGGUGGGCGUGGACUGUCUGGGCAAACAGCUGGCCUUGGGCACUGUGAUCAGCUCGGUCAUUUUCUCCAUACAGUAUCCUUUACACGGUAGGAAAACGUCAUGCUUACAUCGAAAAGUAUUGUGUCGUUUUAAGUCUCUUUUUCCUUUUUAUCUUAGCACCACAAUGAAAAAAAACCCAAAGCGAUUUAGUCACAAAUUUUUUGGGUUAUUACCUUUAGGUUUUGUUUACUUCUUGCACAGUUUACUCUCAAAAACUGCGUGAGUUAGAAACUCCUUUCAAACAAAUGUUCGAAUAGAGAAAGGACCAUGGUGCUGUUUAUUCUGAAUGUAAAACUAGAAUUUCCUUGACCUUGUAAGGGUGGCUUUGAUUGCUUUUCCAUUGUGGUUUUUGCAUGUACAUUUAGUAA